AUGGUCACUCUUCAUAACCGUCAAUCUUCUUACUCCACAUUAACAUCAAUAAUGCGAACAAAUACAUUACUUCGACGAAAACCAUAUCAAAUAAUUUUUAUACUACUACUUUUCACACUCGCUUUCAUAAUACUAUUUACCGUGAAACUCUAUAAUCAGGAAGGGAUGCCGAUUGGAAAAAGCUCGAUAGUGUUUGAUAGCGAAGGGAAUUCAACGCUAACUCCUACAAAUAUAACGGCUCCUACAUCAAAGCAUCUUGAUCAAGAACCAAAAGAGGAAGAACAAGAGUAUAACAAUAAUUCAUACGUAGACCUUACGAUCCAAAGAAAUUAUCCAUUUACAAUCACUACAGCAGCAAGUUCCAAUCAUUUUUGCGUACUUCAUAGUUGGAUCUACAAUGCACAAAAAACAUUACACGAGCUAAAUGAUGAAUCUCUCAUCCCACGAAUAAUAAUUUACGAUUUAGGCCUCCUCAACUACCAAAGAUCUAUUCUCAAAUAUCUUUACAACAAAAGUUUUUUCACGGAGCUGCGACAAUUCAACUACACAAAAUAUCCCGAUUUCUGGGAUAUUAACGAGAAUCGUGGCGAGUAUGCCUGGAAAACCGGGAUUGUAACAGAAAUUGCAAACGAGUUUCCGGGAAUUGUAGCGUGGUUGGAUUCGGGAUCAAUAUUUAGAAAAGAAUUUUUAACGAAUCUCUAUGAGAAUAUUCGAAUACACGAGGGAUUUUUGUCUGGAAAGUCUACUGGUCGAGUACCAGCGUGGACGCAUGCCGGAACAUUUCAAUAUUUCAAUGUGAAACCAGCUCGAUUCCGUAACUACAGGAAUUGUAACGGUGCAAUGAUAGUUUUUGACACUAUAAUAACUCGGCCAUUAAUAGACGCAUGGUAUAAAUGUGCACUGGUCAAAGAUUGUAUUGCGCCAGAAGGAAGUAAUCGAGAUAAUCAUCGUCAAGAUCAAGCAAUUCUCACAUUAUUAGCAGCAAUGGAAUUACGAAAAUGCAAAGAAAAACCAGAAUUCUAUGGAAUUGAUUCACAUCAAGAUCAUCACUGCAAAGAUCAAAUAUCCGAUUUUGAGAGGAUCCAUACUGAUCUACGAUGGGAACCUACUGAUGAGGAUUUGGAUGAGAUCGAAGAGCACGUGUUGGCAAAUCAAGGGUCAGAUGAAAUUUAUGAUGUUUGGACAAAAUAUUCAUUAUCCACAUGA